AGCAGAGGGACCGCCUUCCAGGUAACCCGCCCCACCCUCGCCGGCCCGGGACCAAUAAUCUGCAGAAGCCGCUAGGGACCCAGCCGGCCUCGGGGACCGAGUGACCGCCCCGUGGGGACGUGGGCCUGGCUCCCCCCGGCCGCUUCCUCCACACUGUCUGCCCUGCUUGCUUGGCCGAGAGGGAGGAAGGGGGAGGCCCCAGAACUCAGGGAGGGUCCAGGCUUAGGGGUCCCCGAGGUAACCCUGCCCAGCGGGUCCCCACCCAGGCCCGCGGCAGGAGGGGGCUGGGCAAUGGCCGCCACCCACAGCCUGCGAGGCCCUGCGGCCCGGCGUGGACGAGGGAAAGGAUGUGCGAAGCGGGGCUGAGUGUGUCCAUCGCCUCGCGGGCAGCGCGCGGGUGAGUCACCGCGAAGCCUCUACUGAUUAAUGAAUGACAGGCCCCCGCCGAGUGAGUCCUGCCCCGGACAGGGCAGCCCCUGUGACCCGCGGGCCAGCCCCGCGCUGCCCUCUCCCGGCGCCCCCCCACCCCCCGGCAUUAGUCACCUGCCCCGGCCCAGCUUUGGAAAUGGGACAGGCGGCAGGGACAAUAGGGCGGGGGUUGGGGGGGGGUCAGCCCAGACAAAGGGCAGCAGGAAAAACACCAUCACCCGCUGGAGGCCGGCUAGCUGGCAUCUGGGAAAUGUGUCACUGCCUUUUCUCGGGGGAGGGGAGGGCGGGAAGGUUAGCCACGGGCAGGCCGAGGUAGGGUGCAGCGGGGACCCCCGGGUCGGCAGGGGACCCCCUGGGGGGCGCGCGGGCAGGGGCGGCUCCCCGCUUCCCGCGAGUUCGCAGACCGAGGGAUGCCCUCCCCGCCCCCGGGGCGCCCGCAGGAGGCCCAGGGUGGGACCGCGCCGCCUCGCCUCACCUCACCCCCCCCUCGGUGCAGUGGGAGGGAGAGGAGCCCCAGAAGCCCUCCCUUCCUCCUCCCCCGCCUCCCCCACCCCGGGGAGGGCCGCUACAAUUUGUGGUUACAGCUUUACACGUCAGAAAAAAAAAAAAAAGUUUGCAGAAUGUCCCACACCGAAAAAAAAAAUCCGAAACCGAGCGAAAAAAACCUGCGAGUGGGCCUGGCGGAUGGGCUUAUUAAGGCUCCGCGGAGCGCGGCGGCUCCACUCCGCCCGCCUCCGGGAGAGCAGCCGCGCGGCGCCCGCGGCCCCAUGGACCUCCGAGCAGGGGACUCGUGGGGGGUGCUCGCCUGCCUGUGUACUGUGCUCUGGCACCUCCCCGCGGUGCCGGCCCUCAACCGCACUGGGGACCCCGGGCCCGGGCCCUCCAUCCAGAAAACCUACGACCUCACCCGCUACCUGGAGCACCAACUCCGCAGCCUGGCCGGGACCUAUCUGAACUACCUGGGCCCCCCUUUCAACGAACCGGACUUCAACCCGCCCCGGCUGGGCGCCGAGACUCUGCCCAGGGCCACCGUCAACUUGGACGUGUGGCGGAGUCUCAAUGACAAACUGCGCCUGACCCAGAACUACGAGGCCUACAGUCACCUCCUGUGCUACCUGCGCGGCCUCACGCGCCAGGCGGCCACGGCUGAGCUGCGCCGCGGCCUGGCUCACUUCUGCACCAGCCUGCAGGGGCUGCUGGGCAGCAUUGCGGGCGUGAUGGCCGCCCUGGGCUACCCGCUGCCCCAGCCGCGGCCUGGCGGGGAGUCGGCGUGGGCGCCGGGCCCCGCGCACAGCGACUUCCUGCAGAAGAUGGACGACUUCUGGCUGCUCAAGGAGCUGCAGACCUGGCUGUGGCGCUCGGCCAAGGACUUCAACCGGCUCAAGAAGAAGGUGCCACCGCCGCCCUCGGCCGCCGUGACCCUGCCCCUGCCGGCCCGCGGCUUCUGAGCUGGGCCCCUCCCACCUCCGCUGACCCCGGCCUGCUCGGGCCAGGAACCCUGGGUGCCCGUGCGGUGGGGCGAGUGGGCGCGAGCCUGUCCCUGCCCGCUGCGGGCGGGCGGGGGUGGGGGGGCGAGAGACCCGUCCCCCUCCCUGCUUCCCGGAGGCCACCAGGUCUGGGGAAGAGGUGCAAUAGACUCAUCCCGUCGCCCAGCUCCGGCUGUCCUGGGAAGCCAGCCGGGAGAGCGGGGACGGGCCGCCACAGCACGUGCCUUUUUGGGGUCAAGCCCUUUGGCUGCCCCAGUUCCCAGGGUGGGGGCUCCCCCCCCACCCCAAUUACUCAGCCCGCCGGGUUCGGGAAGCACACGGGAUGGCGAGUCCGGACAGGAAGAGCCAGGGUUCUACCUGGGAGCGGUGGGGUGUGCCCCGGGGUGCCUGACACGCAGACCUUGGGGGGGGGGGCCGGGAGGAGGCUGGCCAGGGGCGCGCACAGCUCGGGAGCAGGCCCCUUGGCUCUCUUGCCGGCACCGGGCUGCCCCCUCUCGGACCCCCUUCCCGGGGCAUCUGUGGGUUGCCCAGGCUGGGGGCGGGCAGCCACAGCCACAGAAUUUCCUGAAAGUUUACAUUGCCGUAGCAUCUUGGGGGGUGGGGGACUGCUCCCCCAGGCCCUGCUCCCCAGGCCCACCCACUCAUGCCUCUAAGUUUGUUGUAUUAAUAUUUAUUUAUUUGGAGAUGUUAUUUAUUAGAUGAUAUUUAUUGCAGAAUUUCUAUUCUUGUAUUAACAAAUAAAAUGCUUGCCCCAAGCUCCCUGCCUCACUGGCUUCGCCCUUCCAGGCUCGCUCCCUCGCCCUCCGCCCCGGGGGGUCUUAGGGUGCCAAAGGCCAGGCAAGA